UACAAAUACAGGUAUCUAUGACAACGGUUUGGCAUUUAAUGUAAAUAUUGAUUGUUUUGUUAAAUGUUUUAACGAAAUAAAUGCAAUAUUUGUUGAUAUGUCGAGUGAUGCGGACAUGAGUUCAGUCAAAGAUGACGAGUCCUCACCUCUCGGUGUGUUUCUUGUCAAGAGUGACAGCAAAGAAGAUAAACUAUUGUUUCGAUAUCCGUAUACCAUCGAUGGUCAACUCAAUGAGUUAAUAAACAAGCAGAACAAGUACGCCAUUAUCAUCAAUGAAGACACUUUCAAUACGGACAGACUCGACAACUCAUUAUAUAAACCAAUGGGCAAAGAGUCACAAACAAUCUCAUACUCUGAUCUCACUUCUUCAAUAUCAUCACAAAUAAAUAAUACAUCGACUGAUGAGACCAUUGCUAAAGUGAUUGGUAUUACAGACAUCUCGUUCUCCAAUCUCUUUGCUGUUAACAGUAAACUUUGCGGUCAAAAGUUUGAACUGAAAGUCAAUGACAUCCGCUUUGUUGGUCAUCCAAUGCUUCUGACUCGCGGACAGAAAGAACUUUUAAUAUUUAAUGUGGUCUUUGCUUUGAAAGCCAACGCUAGUCAUGAUAUCGUUAACUGUUAUCACGAGUUGAGCCAAAAGAUAGCUAUUGGUCUUCAUUAUGAAGAGAAUCGCUGCGGAUAUUUGAGUUGUGAAACUAAACUAAUGGUUGCACUUCAUGAUGAAGUGACCGCUAUGACAGAGGACACUAUGCAUGAAGAGUCACCCUAUAAAUUGAUUUUACUAAAGAGUCGAUUGGCCAAAGACUUGAAAACCGUUUAUGAAAAUUUGUUGACAACUGGACUCGUGAGGGUUCGACUCAACCGAUGGAUUGAAAUAAGUUUUUGUUUACCACAAAAAGUUCAUCGACUUCUUCUUAAACAUCACUCAAAGAUGCCUCCAAUAACACCACAAAAUAUUAUUGAUUGUCUGCAAGCCUUACGACCAUAUCAUGCGAUAUUACUUUUGGUUGAAUCACAAGAGCUCUUGGAUUCAUUACCUCAAGACGUGUCACCAGCUUUCACACGAAUUGUCAAAUUUGCAAAUCCCAUCAAAAAUUUGUUGGAACUGUCGGCUGAUGCGGAUAUUACAUUGAGCCAAGUAUUUCAUAUUGUGGCACAACUGGUCUAUUGGGCCAAAGCCACAGUUGUCUACCCUUUGUGUGAGAAUAAUGUCUAUACAAUACAUCCAUUGGCGCCGACUAAUGUUGAUUCUCCACUCGUCGACGAAUUUGAUGAAAAAUUUCCUGGAAGUGAUGGACUACUCAAGUAUUUAUCCAAAUUUUCAUUAAGUAUGUCAUUAAGUCAAUUAAGGAAUCCAAUGGAUUCUCAAUAUCAACAAGUAUUACAGGUGCAAAUUGUUGUCUGGCUUUUGAAACACCGAAUGCUUCAACAACUCCACACAUAUGUCUAUUUGGUUCCUCUCUCGCAAUCGACGCCUUACUUAACACAACGAGUAUCACAAUCACAUUCUGAUCGACCAAACAGUGCCCUAACAGGCGAUAUGGACGGCAUUGACUAUAGCACUGGCAGUUCAUUUCCCAGUGAAGACUCAUUGGCUACCAGUCCAGCCAUUGGCACAAACUUUCAACACUCAAGUGCUUCUGAAGAAGAUUUGUCGUCUCCAAAGUUUUCUUCCUCAAUGAUAGAGGAAUCUGGAACUGCUUUACUUCGAGUCAUUGGACUUUCACAGUCCGAAAUUGAAUCUAUACUUCGUGUUUCUGCUUCGAAAAAUAUUGAAGACCUAAAGUUGUUUAUAAAGUUAUGUCCAUAUUUUAAUGGUAGACAUCAUUUAGAAGAUAUAAUGUAUUACGAAAAUGUUAAAAGAGGACAGUUAUUGACAUUAAUCGACAAAUUUCGAGACGUAUUGUUCACCUCUCAGUACGAAGAUUCAGCCGUUUCCCAGUUAUGUCCUUAUAAUUAUAGCGCUUAA